GGUAACCACACACCUUGAUAGGCUAUGUAUAAGCUGACAACCAAGCAUUGACGUUAUUCGAAUUCAAUAUUCUCUAUCAAGUAGUUCAUACUAGCCGAACGUGUGAAAUCCACCAGUGUACAGUUGCAGUGAAAACAAAAAACAUGGAUUUGUCAAAGAUUAAUCAAGCAUCGUCACUUGCAGACCUGAAGCCUUCUAUAAAGUUGUGGGAGCUGCCUAUCAACGUGCCUUAUCUGAUAUUGGGUGCUAAGAUGACGAAGGGGAAAUUUGGGGAGUCAGUGCUACUAGAUCUGGAAAAAAACGUGGUGUUUCUGCCAGGUCGGUUGACGCAGGCAUUCAAGUCCGAAAUCGAGAAAUUUAAAGCAGCCAAGUACACAGUUACAUUUACUGGACUGUAACAGGGCCUGGGAAAUUUCCAUCCAGCAACAAAAUUUUUAAUUAACGGAGUUUAAUUUGUGUGUGUG